AUGAACUGCGCAGUCUGCUUCAGCCUCGGCGCGGAGGAGGUCAAGGGCCAGAAGCUCGGCACAAACCAGCGCAUGGCCAAGUUCAUCCAGAUUCACGACCUCCAACGAUCCGCAACCACCACAUCAUGCCAAUUUUGCCAGCUCCUCUGGGCUUCGCUGCGUCUGCGCAAGAAAGAUUUAUGUGAGCCCGGGGGUAAAGAUGUAUCUGGACUGCUGCAGAUGCGCUUCGCACCAGGCACACCGCUCCAGAUUUCCGUGUCGGGCUGGGGACAAGAUAACAUUGCUCUAGAGCUCUUCUCGCGACGAGACGUCGGUACCAAAGACCACUCCGAACCGCGCCUCAUCGAGUCCCGCGGAGCCUCCGGCGCAUAUGCAGCGUUAAGCUACUGCUGGGGCGACCCGGCAUCCCAUCCGGCUUUCAAGACGACGCGCCUCAACUUCGCCGCGCACCAAGACUCCAUGCCAUGCGCCGACAUGCCACCGACCCUGCGGGACGCCGUCGCCAUCACCAGAAACCUCGGGCUGCAGUACCUAUGGAUCGACGCCCUCUGUAUCAUCCAAGGCGACGCUCAAGACUGGGCCCGGGAGGCGGGCCGCAUGUGCGAAGUUUACUCCAACGCAACGGUCACCAUCUCCGUAGACCACGCAGACGGAAGCGGCGUCGGCGUCUUCGCACCCCAGGCCUUUGGCGCCCCGCCGCAGCGUCUCGACGAGCUCGGGGACGGCGUGCGGCCGGUCUACGUCCGCGACGAGCUCAAGAGGAAACACAACGACAUCACCGUCCUGCUCCGGACGAUCGAGGCGGAGGGCGCACACGGGGAGCCCAUCAACAAGCGCGCCUGGACGCUUCAGGAGGCGAUCCUGUCCAACAGGACGCUGCACUACACGACCAACGAACUCGUCUGGGAGUGUAACACGUCGCGCUCCUGCGCCUGCCGCCGCGACCAGCCCGUCGAGCUGGACGAGGAGUCGGUGCGGUGUUUCCGCUCGCCGGAGCUGUUUCGGUCGCUAUCGUCGGCGGAGAGGGCGUACCUGCAGUGGCGGCAGGUCGUCCAGCUCUUCUCGGAGCGGUCCAUUAGCUUUGACGCGGACCGGCUGCCGGCGCUGUCCGGGAUGGCGAAGCAGUUCCGGAUGAUGCACGAGGAUGUGUACGGCCGUGGACGUGAAGGACACGAGCAGCAACGGAAGAGGUAUAUCGCCGGUUUGUGGGAGGGCGAUUUCGCGACGCAGUUGCUAUGGACGGCGGACGAUGACUACUGGCGCAAUCCGGAGACUGUCUCGCGGAAGCCUGGGAAGUGGAGGGCGCCGAGCUGGAGCUGGGCGGCCAUUGAGGGGCCCAUCAUGUUCCAUCCCAUGUCGCACUUCAAAGGUGACUUGAAGGUGUUGGAUGUCCAGGUAGAGCCUUUGAUGGCGGAGGAUAUCUACGGUCAAGUUUGCGAGGGAGCCAAGAUCGUGGUUCAGGGGGCCAUAGUACACGACCUUGAGAUUACGACUACGGAGAUACAGGAUGGGGAUUCAAUGAUGGGGUUCACGGAAGGCGUGAGGUACGACCUAGUGGAUGGGGAAGCGAACAGGUACACCAUGAUCUGCGACUAUGCAGGCUCCGUUGCCCGGGGUCAGCGGUACUCCUGUCUGCUCGUGGGAAAGACGUGGAACAAGGGCGACGCCCAUCCAUAUCAUGGUUUCAUCGUCCUCGAGAGGGUAGAGCCUGGCACUGACAUGUUCAGGCGGGUUGGCGUGUCGUUUCGGGCAGGGGCCUUGAAGAGUACGAACGAAGUGAAGUUGUUUGAUAACAUAGCUCGCGAGAUCAUCACUCUCAUCUGA